AAGGGCCUUUCAGAUUUGAGAAAAUUAACAAUUCUUGAAAUUUUCUGUAAACUUUCAAAUCAAACCGAGUCUUGUUGCGCUUUCUCAAUUAAUAUAAAUKUACAAUUUUUGAAUAUUUUAUGAGGAAACACAUAGCUUAAACAUAAAAGUCAGUUAAAGUGCAAUAAGUGCAAGCAGCGGUUGGAGAAACUGAACAAAGACGAAAAAUUGCCAUUGCAACUAUCACGAAAAAAACUGCAGACAGGGGCAACGACAAGAAAAGUAACGUAGCGGCAACAACAAUAACAGAAUUGUGCAAAACAAAAACAAAUAAUGGCAAAAGAAAACGAUGAGGUGCAACAUAACAACAACAAUGGUAGUAGUAGUAGCAGCAGCAGCAACAAUAACGGUGUGGAUUCACUUAACGCAUCUGUGGGUGUGACGUCGACAUCGAAUGCAACAGAAAUACCAACUGCGGGGUCAUAUUGUGAAGCCGAUCUGAUGGUGGGAGAUAUAGCCAGAACGGGUGACAAGAGCAAGGUCACAAGUGCAGGUGGUGGAGACUGUGCCGGUACAAGUUCUAGAAGUAAUCAAUUUGGGGCGUCUACGUCAAGUUUUAUGCGUGGCAAGCUCAAUGACCUGGUUGCGGACCUUUGUAUAAAUGGGCCAGUUGCUGGUAGUGACAAUAAUGGUGGUUAUGGUGAUUACACAAACGGCCGUAAAAAUAGCAGCGGCCUAGCAGAUGCCACAAUGCAACAGACAAAUAUCAGUUCUACGUGGGAACCUGUAAGCAGCAGCAUCACUAGCCAACAUGCAUCACAGCCACAUCCAACCCAAAAUUCAUCUUCAUUUUCUUUUAAACAUUUCCUAAGUAGUGGACCACCGAUUACAGCACCAUCCAGCACUGUUACAGUCACUUCAUUAGACACAUCGGCGUCCAGUAGCACGAAUGGUCCACAAAAAAAUACUGUUAAAACGGCGUCCAGCAGUGGUGUGUCAAUUCAAACGUCAACUGGCGCACGGCCAAAAGUUCCUCAGUCAGCUUCGCUUUCCAGUACAUCAAUAUCAUCGCUUAUGACUGGCGGUUUGUCAGCAACCAAUAGUGCAAGCCAACCUGACGGUAGCAAUUCGUUUGGUACAUCAGCCACAAAAAUGAAGCGUUCUCCACGAUUUUCAUCGUUUGACUCGCAAGCAAGUCUGGCCGAAUAUGUGACCAGCGGUGCAGAYGGUGAAGCAGAGGGGGUCAGCAGCACUGGGCCGAGUGGUGUGCGAAGUGCAGGUGUUGGCGCAAACGCAAACUCCGGUUUUCGGCUUUAUCCAGAGAGUGGCGAUCUUUUCUCGACGUCUUCACGCAGCAGCCGCGGCAUGGGUGAUGGUGGUGCGAGCAUAGGCAACAACAUACAUAAUGCGARUGAAUACGAUCGGCAACAAUAUGUGCCGCGCUCAUAUUCAAACUAUGAAAUGCCCAUGUCAACCUCAACGUCAUCGCCGCGUCGACGUACAGGCGCGCCAAGCGUUAGCGCUAACGCCGGCAUGAGGGAAGCGCGUCCCACACGUCUUGCCUUAAACACAAAUUCGUCCAAACCGAAAGGGAAUUUGCCACUCAGUGACAUAAAUAGCGGUGCUUGUGGCGGUGCUGCGGUGGCGGCCGCACCACCAGUCACUCGCCCGCUGCCCAGCAAUGCCGGUGAAUUUCCCGCCGCGGUUUUGCCAGAUUUCGUACAAGAUCAUUGGCUUGACUCGUGGUAUGCGCACGACAUGCAUCUCAAUUCGCCGCCGAAUUCGCCGAUACGUGAUUUCAGCGAUGUUGAUGUGGCGGGUGGUGCAAUUGGUGGCGGCGUCGGCGUUGGCAACAGCAACGUAUGCGAUGUGGCUGGUGGUAAUGGCGUGAGUGCUGGUAUCGGCAUACCCGGCCCUUCGCCUGUGUAUGGCGGUGGCGGCGGCGGCGGCGGCGGCAGUGGUGCAACAGCCGAGUCCACUGCUAGUAAYGCAAAAAUGCUGCCAGAUUUUCUCUCGGACGGCCCAAUAAUACACUCUUCACAGCGACUGGCCGAUGUGGCUGUCGGUUUGCCAUCUAAUUCCAUCGGCUCGCCAGAUGACCCGCCGAUCUCGUCACAAUUGUCGCGGCUGCGCAUCGAAAACGAUCGUUUGCAGCGCGAAUUAAAUGACGCGCGCAUAGCACUUAAUGAACAGACGCGGCGCGCUAACGACUUGGAACGUCAGUUGCAGGCCAGUGAACUGCAGCAACUGCAACAACACAGGCUUGAGGAGCUGCAAACGACUGAGCGCGUCGACAGUUUAACGGAAAGAAGUAAACGCACGCGCACCAACGCAGCAGCAGCAACGGGCGCAACGUCACAAAAUCAUGUCAUCAAGCUGAAACAACAGCUGGCCAAGUUGACGUCCGAAUUGGAGACGUUGCGUCAUGAAAAUGAGAUGCUGCGCGAAGAGGGCGCCGUCGGCGGCUUCAAUGUACCAUACUGUGAUCGUGCGCGUCCAUUUGUUUCGGACGCGAGUGSUGGUGGUGGCGCCGCCAGUGUAGAUGCCGCUGCAGGCGCCGCUGCGGGUGUGCGUGCUGGCACAGUGGGGCGACCGUCCAGAACACAACAAUUUUCGAGAGAUUUGCUGAGGGCAGCAUCAAAUGCGGAAAACAACCUSAGGCAACUUCUCGCUGGUGUGGAUAACUUACGUCAAAUGGCUGCUGACAUUGAGAAUUCUGAAAUACGUGUGGGCUACGAUGUUAGUCCCGACCUAUUUUCAGACUUCUUAGACGAUUGUGAUGAUUACGAGGACUACUCGGAUGGCCCAACAUUGUAAUUUUUUGUGUGCAGCAUUAUUUUGAUUUCAAAUUUUUAUCGUUUACUUACAAUGCUAACAAUAUGAAUAAAUAUUACUUUCGUUUGGUCGCAAAUACGAUUUGUUCAACUCAACUAUGCACUAAAUUAUAUCAAAUAUAAUACAUAAUCGUGUAUGCGUAACCUCAAA